AUGCCUACUCCUGAAGUGAAUUAUCCUCAUCAAUUGAACAGUACUGAAUCCAUUUGGAUUGAGGGACCUUAUAGCAGUUCAACAUCCUAUAUGUUCAAUUGUGAACAUGUUGUUCUAAUUGGAGCAGGCAUCGGCAUUACUCCAUAUGCAAGUGCUCUCGAAUGUUUAAUGUACUAUUUUCGAGAACAACAAACAGUUUGCGGGAAAUGUCGUCAUGUGAAUUACAAUCAUGAAGCUAUUCAACAGCGUAAAUUACAAAAAGUAGAUUUUAUUUGGGUAAAUCGUGAUGUCGAAAACUUUUCUUGGUUUUUACAAUUAUUGAAUGACUUCGAAAAUGAACAAUUAACUUAUCUUGAAACAUUACGAGCCAACAAUACCACUCCAAAACGGUAUAUUGACUUUCAUUUCUAUUUUACAUCAUUGAAAAGCAAUAAUCAAGGAAUGAUUGGCUAUGCUCCAUUUGAUUUUGCUGCUAAUAUCUAUGAGAAUGUAUCAAAUCGUGAUAUUCUCACUAAAAUGAGAACAAAAACAAUUUUGGGUAGACCACAAUAG